UUGCAAAAACAUUCAAUAAUUCAGCUCCAUACAAGUGCAAAUAAACCAAAAUAAUAAUCUCCUCAAAAUAAACUCAAGAGGCAUUUGUAACAUCUGAUUGUUGUGCAAGUAGCAGCUACCUUACUUAUCACCAGCAGUAACUGCUGCAACUACCCACAAACCCAUUAUUUCACCUCAAAAUCCUACCCUAAAACUCAAUCACCAACUAAAAAUGAAACAAUGCCCAAUUGAGAAACCCUAGAACUAGCAAACAACUACCAAAUCCCUCAAAAAAAAAAACCCAAUUUAUGAUAAAUCCAAUCCAAACCCAGAUUAGGAAAACUGGUCAAAUCAUCAAUUUUCUUCUUCUGAAAACAGAACCAUAACCGAAACCCCAGAUCGUUCUCUUUCUAAUCGUUUCACCCAGAACCCAUGAUUCAAUCUCAAGCUUUCAACAAUUUCUUUGAUCCAUAACCAGUUUAUUCCAUCUGUAAACAUUUUCUUUUCCCGAUCUCAAUUUUGAACCAUUUGUUUCUCCUUCUUAAGUGGGUAAGCUAAUGCCAUUGUCAAAGGAGAACAAUCUGAAUUUCUUGGUUCCCUUGCAACAAAUGCUAAUAAACGUGUGGAAGCUCUGCAAUAGAUUCAGUUAGGGAUUUUGUUUCUAUUGAAUGUCCCUAAUCUUCUUUGAUGUUGUAAAUCGUCAUGUAUAUAACUGCACCACCGUCUUCAUCUGUUCCGUCAAAACUUAUCCAAAUUUCCAGGGUUCUGUUCUCAUCUUCUGUAUCUACGCCUAUUAGUUCUUCACCCCACUCCUUUACUUUCCUCAUUUACUACUAGUAGUAAUAGUAAUUGGUGUUUUAUGAGUUCUCGGAGGUCUUUUAGUUAUUAUCAAUCAAUAAGAGGUUAGGUGAAGAGUCACGGUUUUGAUUGGAGAUCGCCUGUAGGUUUCAGGUCUCAAGUCAGAACUGCUACCCCGCUGCCCCUGAUCGAGCGUUUUCAAUGAAAUUUAGCAACAAUAGGGAAUUUAUACUUGUCUUCCCAAGCCUGGAGGCGGCGAAUUUGGUAAACAUUACAGUCUUCCUGGUCCGAAUGAUCCAAAGAUUGCUUCCGUACUCUAUUAGAAUCCUUCUUGAGCCUGCCAUUCGUAAUUGUGAUGGCUUUCAAGUCAAGAAAGAAGACAUGGAGAAGAUUAUUGAUUGGCAGAGGACUGCAUCAAAGCAAGUUAAAAUUCCGUUUAAGCCUGCUCGUGUUUUGUUGCAGGAUUUUACUGGUGUAACUGCUGUCGUCGACCUUGCCUGCAUACGUGAUGCAAUGAACAAGCUAGGAAGUGAUUCUAACAAGAUCAGCCCUUAGUAUGCAAUACUUUCCAAUUUUGACGUGCUGCUGGUACUCUUUAAUCAUAAUGUUGCAAACUCGAAAGCACUUUGAAGCGCCCGUGUAAACUGUUAAAACAUGAACUUACAAGUCUAUUGUAUACACAUUCUCGAAGGUAUGACAUGAUUGUAAAUGGUUCCACCUAUUUGUCAUUCUCACUUUUCCUAUU